AUGGGUAGCAUGGACCAGAAUGCUCGAUUGGCAACCGAGCCCAUUGCCAUCAUUGGCAUGAGCUGCAAGUUUGGCGGCGACGCUAGCAACCCAGACAAGCUAUGGGACAUGCUAGCUGAGGGCAGAAGCGCCUGGUCUGAGGUUCCAAUGUCUCGUUACGGUCAUAGAGGACAAUAUCAUCCCGAAAAUUCGAAACUGAGCACGGCCAUGGACCCUCAGUUCCGAAUCCAGCUCGAGUCUACUUAUGAGGCGCUGGAGAACGCUGGUCUCCCGCUCGCCCAAGUAGCCGGCUCCAACACAUCGGUAUACGCAAGUGUCUUUACGCACGACUACCACGACGGCCUCAUGCGCGAUGGGGACAAUCUGCCACGGUCGACACUGAUCGGUACGUUUUCCGCCAUGGCAUCCAACAGAAUAUCGCACUUUUACGACCUUCAGGGGCCUAGCAUGUCAAUCGAUACGGGCUGCUCGGGCGCUCUCGUGUCGCUACAUCAGGCCGUACUCGGCCUGCGCGCCGGAGAAGCCGACAUGUCCAUCGUUUGCGGAAGCAACCUGCUGCUGGCACCUGAUUGCUUCAAGCUCUUCUCUUCACUCAGCAUGCUCUCGCCAGACGGCAAGUGUUACGCCUUUGAUUCGCGAGCAAAUGGCUAUGGUCGUGGCGAGGGCGUGGGCACCAUUAUCAUCAAGAGACUCAGCGAUGCGCUCGCGGCGGGCAACCCAAUAAGAGCCGUUAUUCGUGAAACAGCGUUAAAUCAGGAUGGGAAGUCUGAGACUAUUACGUCGCCAUCACAAGCAGCGCAGAUCGAGCUCAUGCGUGAGACCUACCGCCGAGCCGGUCUGAGUCCAAAUGAUACUCAGUACUUUGAGGCGCAUGGUACAGGUACACCAACUGGAGACGGCAUUGAGGCACGCUCCAUCGCAACAGUGUUUGGACAGCAAAGCACAGGACGGAACCGGCCGCUAUAUAUCGGUUCUGUCAAGACAUCUCUUGGCCAUACCGAGGCAGCAUCGGGAAUAGCUGCGCUUGUUAAGGUAGUGCUAGCCAUGGAAAAGAACCAGAUCCCGCCCAAUGUCAAUUUUGACAAGCCCAACCCCAAGUUGCAGCUUGACGAGUGGGGACUACGGGUCGUAACUAAACUGAUGCCCUGGCCGGCCGCCGAUGGUGAGACGCGCCGCGCGUCCAUCAACAACUUUGGCUACGGCGGAACGAACAGUCACGUCAUCCUUGAAGAUGGCAGGCCUUUCCUCCCUCCACGCUCCGCCAGAACAAAAACGAGCAAAGGUUUGGGCCUGAAGAGGGAGGUGCUCAUAAUGUACGGCCGUGACGAGCAAGCCUGUCAGCGCAUGGUCUCUAGCGUCAAAGCGUACCUACAGGCGCGCAUCUCGACUGAAGACCCGGAAAUCCUCAUGCAGAAUCUAGCCUGGACCCUCAGCAUGCACCGAACGCGCUUUCCUUCGGGCUGGGUUUCGGCGCACACAGUGCAAUGGUCAUAUAAUGAGAACGUGCUGGAGCAAGUCAUUCAAUGCCUGGACGCGCCACAAUUCAAGCCAGCACGACUUCCGGGUGACAAGGUGCCGCGCAUAGGCAUGGUUUUCACUGGCCAAGGUGCCCAGUGGCAUGCCAUGGGGCGCGAGCUAUUAGAGGCGUACCCCUUAUUUAGGUCUACUAUUCAGGAGGCGGAGGACUACCUUAACGAAUUUGGCGCGAACUGGUCCCUGACUGAUGAGCUGAUGCAAGAUGUGGCCACGACAAGGGUCCACCAACCCGCUGUGAGCAUCCCCAUAUGCGUUGCUGUGCAGAUAGCCUUGGUAUCCCUGCUCUCAUCAUGGGGUAUCAAGCCAACCGCCGUCACCAGCCAUUCCUCCGGUGAGAUUGGUGCGGCAUAUGCAGUGGGAGCUUUAAAUCUGCGCCAGGCGAUGGCUGUUGCGUAUUACAGAGCCGCCAUGGUCGGUGAAAUGACCCAGCGAUCCCAGGGCCCCAAAGGAGCCAUGGGUGCUGUCGGUGUUGGAGAGAGCGCUGCCCAGGCCUAUGUAGACCAGCUAACCAAAGCAACCGGCAAAGCAGUAGUUGCAUGCGUCAACAGCCCCAGCAGUGUCACAAUUGCCGGCGACGAAGCGGCCGUGCAGAAAGUUUUAGAUCUAGCCACUGAGGAAGGCGUAUUUGCACGCCGCCUCAAAGUGGAAACGGGCUACCAUUCCCACCACAUGAUCCCAGUCGCCGAAAGGUACCGGCAGGCCUUACGUGCUGCUCUUGGUCCUGGAGACAACUUGAAGGACAAGGAGCUCGAAGCCAUUUUCUCGUCACCUGUCACGGGGGGGCGCAUUACCCGCACCAAACAGCUAGUCGAUCCUGAGCACUGGGUAGGCAGCCUAGUCCAGCCGGUAGAAUUUGUGAAUGCAUUCACUGAUAUGGUGCUUGGCGACAUUAACGAGCCGGGGAGCAGCAACAUUGACGUUGUUCUCGAGGUAGGACCUCAUACGGCGCUGGGUGGCCCUAUCAAGGAGAUUCUCGCUCUGCCAGAGUUUGAAGGUAUCAGCAUACCCUACAUGGGCUGUCUCGUGCGUAACGAAAAUGCACACGAUUGCAUGCUCACCAUGGCCCUCAAUCUGCUGCGCAGAGGCUACCAGAUCGAUAUCCCGCAACUUAGCCGUGGAUUCUUACACACGCCCCGUAUCUUGACCGAUCUGCCCUCUUACCCUUGGAACCACAGCGUCAGGCACUGGGCGGAGUCACGCCACAGCAAGGCCUAUCGAGCAAGAGAGGAUGAGUUCCACCACCUUCUCGGGUUUCCAGUACCUGGCACAAAUCCACAGGCAGCGUACUGGAGGCAGCAAGUGCGUGUCUCCGACAGCCCGUGGUUAAGAGACCAUGUCGUUCAAGGAAGUAUCCUGUACCCAGGUGCUGGCUAUGUAUGUCUCGCGAUUGAGGCCAUGAAGCAGCUUGCUGAGAAGAGUGACAAGGGCGCAUCGCUGUCGGGAUUCACCCUGCGUGAUGUCGAGAUUCACCAAGCUCUCGUGGUGCCUGACAAUGCGGACGGCAUCGAGGUGCAGACGGUGCUCCAGUCUGUCAGCGACAAGGUGAUCGGCGCCCAUGGCUGGAAGAAAUGGGAAGUCUGGUCGGUAACAGUAGACAGCCGCUGGGCACAACAUGCCAGAGGGUUCGUCCGAGCCGACUUCGACCUUCCAGUCAGUAGAACCACCGGUAGUCUUUUUUCAGAAUCGGGAUAUACUCGACGCAUCGAUCCCGACGACAUGUGGGCCAAUCUACGGGCCCUUGGCCUUACCCACGGCCCCUCGUUCCGGAACAUUACGAGCAUCCUGCAGGACGCCAGCACCAAGGAUAUCAGACGUUGCAUUACGACCAUUGAUGUGCCGGACGCCAGUAAGGUCCUGGACAAGCAUGUCAUUCAUCCAGCGACAUUGGACUCUAUUGUGGUUUCGUCCAUUGUAGCCCUCCACAGCGCCGGCGGCCGGGACCAGGGUGCCAGAGUACCACGGUCCAUCGACAGGUUACGGAUUUCAUCAUCCAUAACCUCUGUGACCGGCCACCGAUUCACCUGCAACACCACGCUGCCAUCCUUCGACGCACAAAAGCUUCGAGCGAAUAUCUCGCUCGUUGAUGGCGACGAAACCGUGCUAGAGAUGGAUGGACUCGUGUGCCAGUCUCUAGGGCUCAGUGCUACUGCUCAAGAUAUUGAGCCUUGGACCAAGGAGCUAUGUACCGAGAUCAAGUGGGCGCCGGAUCUGAUAGGUACCCUCUCUCUAGGGUUGAGUGGUGCAGAAAGGGCUCUCAAAGACAGGCUCGGCCCAGCAAAUGACAUGUGGCAGUAUGAGAAGGAUGUGUUGAUGCGCCUUAGGCGUGUGUGCCUCUACUUCUGCCAUGAUGCCGUGCAAGCUCUGACAGAGCAGGAGGUGGCUAACCUCGCGCCGCACCAAGUGAAGUACCAUGCUUGGAUGAAAGAAAUACUUGAACUUGCAGCUGCACACCGUCUGGGCCCGGAUAGUGAUACUUGGGCAAGUGACUCUCAGCAAAUCCGCCAGAGAAAUACAACACUUGCAGCCUCACAGAGUGUCGAGGGCGAGUUGGUAUGUCGGCUUGGUCGCAUGCUUGUGCCAAUUCUCAAAGGCGAGCUAGACCCGGCCGAGCUCAUGACGAAGGAGCUCCUGAACAGGUACCAAACCAAUGCCUUGAGGCUGAGCCCAGCCUUUGCCCAUCUCAGCUCGCUACUGUCUACUAUCGUGCACAAGAACCCUCGCGCCCGUGUACUCCAGAUCGGCACAGGCUCAGGAGCUGCCGUACGCCACGCGCUGAAGACACUUGGUACCGACGAGGAAGGCGGCCCGUUCAUUGACAGUUGGCACUUUACUGACAAGUCCGACUCCUCCUUUGAUACUAUCAAGGAAGACCUUUUGGCUCAGAGCGACUACCUGGAGAUGCACUUUGACGAGCUCGAUAUCGAACAGGACCCCGCCGCCCAAGGUUUCAAGCUAGAAAGCUAUGACCUUGUAGUUGCCGUUCAAACGUUGCACAAAACUAAGAGUCUGGGGAAUGCGAUAACCCACGUUCGCAGCCUGCUAAAGCCUAGUGGCUCCCUCUUGAUGGUGGAAACGACGCAGGGUCAGAUCGACCAAAAGUUCGUCUUUGGGCUGCUUCCCUCUUGGUGGAUGAGCGAAGAUGCUGAACGCGGAUCGGAUCCUCAUCUGUCGGUUACCUUGUGGCAGAACUUCCUCACGCGUGGAGGAUUCACGGGCAUUGAUGUUGAGCUUCGCGAUUGGGAAUCCGAUGAAGACAUGCAUGCGGUUAGCACCACGCUUUCGUCGGUGGCUGUGUCGUCGUUGAAGCUACCCGACAACAGCGUCGCCAUCGUUGUGAGUAGCAAGACACCUCCACCAACGUCCUGGCUCGACGAGUUGUGUAAGUCCAUAGGACAGAUGACAGGUGGAAGCCUUCCUGUCAUUGAAAUGGUCGAGUCUGUCACGACAUCAUCCCUCAUGGGUAAGGCUUGCAUUUUCUUGGGAGAGGCGGAUCAGCCAUUGCUGCAUAACCUUGAUGAAGCCGCCCUACGAGGCAUCAAGGCCAUGGCCACCAGCUGCAAGGGACUAAUUUGGGUCACACGCGGCGGUGCAGUUGAGUGCCAAACCCCGGAAAUGGCUCUCGUCUCUGGCUUUUUGCGUGUCCUGCGCAGCGAGUCCGUUGGCCACAGCUUCAUCUCGCUGGAUUUGGACCCCAACCAGCCCACCUGGUCCGAAUCAGCCGCCUCGGCCAUUAGAUACAUGCUAAGAUAUGGCUCGGCUAUUAGUGGAGACAUCUCCACCACCGUGCAAGAGAAUGAAUUUGCGCUGCGUGAUGGUCUGCUGGUAGUCCCGCGUCUCGUUAAAGACCCAAAGCGCAACAAACUGUUCUCACCGCAGGAAGCAGAUUGGACCGCACCUGAUUCGUUACCGGAGAAGCCUUUCUUCCAGGCCGAUCACCCGUUGCAUCUUGCAGUUGGAAUCCCCGGACAGUUGGAUACGCUGGCAUUUGACCUCGAUGGCGAGCACGAGGAACCCUCCGAUGCCGACAUUGUUGAAAUUGAGCCACGAGCGUACGGGAUUAAUUCUCGGGACGUCUUAGCGGCAAUGGGACAGCUGCGCGGUCGCGCCAUGGGACUAGAAUGUGCAGGCAUUAUCACGAGGGUGGGCCCUGAGGCUGCAGACCAGGGAUUUGAGGUAGGUGACAAAGUCAUGGCUCUGCUGCCGGGCCAUGUUGGCAGUCGUGCCCGUGUAAGCUGGCAGAAUAUCGCACAUAUGCCGGGAGACAUGGACUUCCACGAGGCCGCAUCGCUUCCAUACAUCUUUAGCACCGGUUACAUUGGCCUUGUGGAUAUAGCGAGAGUUCGCCCUGGGCAGUCCAUCUUAGUCCACGCUGCGGCAGGGGACGUUGGACAGGCGGCUAUCAUACUAGCUAAGGACUAUCUAGGUGCCGAGGUCUACGCUACAGUUGGCUCCCAAGAGGAACGCAACUUCCUUACACGCGAGUAUGGCAUUCCUGAUGCGCACAUUUUCUCCAGCGUGGAUGCGUCAUUUUUGCAGGGCAUUCUGGCUGCUACAGAGGGACGCGGCGUUGAUGUUGUACUCAACUCGCUAUCUGGUACUUUGCUGCAGGCGAGCUUCGAUGCCGUAGCAUCCUUUGGCACAUUUGUCGACCUGAGUAAACAAGACGUGGAGGGCAACAGCCUUCUCGAGAUGGCCAACUUCUCACGGGUAGUAUCAUUUGCGCCCCUUGACAUGAUGGCAAUUCUUCAGGAACGAGUGGAUGAGGCGCACCGUGUCCUCAAUGAGGUGGCUCGCCUCGUCGCGCAAGCUAUCAUCCGACCUGUUCGCCCGGUCACUGUCUAUCCCAUAGGAGAGGUCGCAAAUGCGUUCCGUCAUAUGCAAACUGACAGACCCAUGGGCAAAGUCGUGCUGUCAAUCGAGCCGGAUGAACAGGUCCAGGUCGUGCCACGCGCACCGACACCCAAGCUCAAACAUAACGCAUCAUAUUUGCUCGUUGGUGGUACAGGUGGUAUCGGUCGAUCCCUUGCGCAUUGGAUGGCUGCCCACGGCGCGCAGAACAUCAUCGUACUUUCCCGUAGUGCCGGCAAUGCCCAAAUGUCCGCGUCGCUGGCGGCUGAACUGCGUGAAGUCGGUUGCCGUGUGGUGGCCAUCUCCUGUGAUGUUGCAGAUAAGGACGACCUCACGAGAGCACUCCGCAUCUGCAAGGACGACGAGAAACUACCGCCCAUACGUGGAGUGGUGAAUAGCGCCAUGGCACUGAAAGACUCAAUCUUUGAACAGAUGACGCUUGAGAACUGGCAGACAUCCCUUCGUCCCAAGGUUGCCGCGACGUGGAAUUUACAUUCCCACUUUUCGCAUCCAGACUCGCUCGACUUUUACGUGAUGCUCUCGUCACUUUCGGCAACUCUGGGUAUUGCCAGUCAGGCGAACUACGCCGCUGGUUGUUCGUUCCAAGACGCGUUGGCGCGCCGGCGACGAUCCAUGGGACUUCCAGCCGUGUCGCUCGAUUUGGGUAUCGUGAAGGAUGUCGGCUACGCAUCCAUAUCCGAGACCCGCGCCGUAUUGGACAGCUGGCGUAGGGCUGGCCAGACAAUCAUUUUGUCUGAAGAGGCCGUCUUGCAAGCCUUCACAGCUGCCAUCCUGUACCCCCUUGAUCAACCCCAGAUCCUUGUCGGUCUGAACACUGGUCCGGGGCCGCAAUGGGACUCCGUCAUGGGCCGCGACGCACGAUUCCAAGCCCUGAGGUACCGGCAGUCGAUUGCCUCUCGACGCCAGGCCCUUGAGACCGACACCGACGGCAGCACGAAAUCGCUCUCGAUACAAUUAAAGGCUGCCAGCUCCCCCGAUGAGGCGGCAAACUUGGUGGGCGAGGCAAUUGCCAACAAACUCGCGGAGGUCUUCAUGAUCCCUGCCAGCGACAUUGACCUGACCAAGCCGCCUGCCCAAUAUGGCGUCGACUCUCUGGUCGCGGUGGAGCUCAGGAACAUGCUCACGCUUCAGGCUGCCGCUGAAGUUUCCAUCUUCAAUAUUCUCCAGAGCGUCUCGUUGGAAGCACUGGCAAAGGAUGUCGUGGCCAAGUCGAAGCACGUGAAGGCUGAAGCAGCGUGA